AUGCCUAAUGGGGGUAAAUUGGUCUUAGGAAUAGAUUUGGGCACCACUUCAGUUAAAGUUAUUAUCUUAUCGACGGAAACAAAGCAAAUAAUCGCUAAGCAGUCGAAAGAACCCCAGGCCAAUGUGCCAAGUGAUCUUGGAAUAGAAGGUAAUAAACAGGAUGUACCAAAAAUUUUAUCUGCUGUUCAUAACUGCGUUUCUAGGCUGCCUAAAGAUUUACUCAGACAGGUAAAAAGCAUAGGAAUAUGCGGACAAAUGCACGGCGUUGCAUUGUGGAAAACAACCGGAUCCCCGGAAAAAGAAGACGGUACAUUCAAAUUAGAAAUAGACCGGCAAAGUGUAUCUCAUUUGUAUACAUGGCAAGACGCACGAUGUGAUAAAAAUUUUUUGAGUACAUUACCGCAAUCAAAAAGCCAUUUGCCAGUGCAUACGGGCUUUGGAUGUGCUACUUUAUUCUGGUUCGCUCGCAACAAGCCGGAAAAACUGCAAAAGUACGACCGGUGCGGUACAGUUCAAGAUUUGCUGGUGAAUUUAUUGACUGGAAGCGAUGAAAUCACUAUGAGCACCCAGAAUGCUGCCAGCUGGGGCUACUUUUUGACUGAUCAAGCUAAAUGGGAGACUGAGUUGAUGGCUAAUGCGGGAUUUCCAGUCAACUUGUUACCCAAGAGUAUUCUAAAACCCGGACAAGUCGCUGGGAAAUUAAGACAUCCUUGGUUUGGAAUUCCCGCAGGUGUUCCUAUAGGUGUUGCAUUGGGCGACCUGCAGUGUUCAGUACUUGCAUUAUUGAAGGAACCUGACGAAGCUGUGCUGAAUAUUUCAACUUCUGCUCAGCUUACCUACGUUCAUCCUUCUUUCGACCCCAAUGAUUGUCCAGAAUCAGGUAGCAUAGAGUACUUUCCGUACUUUAAUGACAAGUAUUUAGCCGUUGCUGCUUCGAUGAAUGGUGGAAAUACCCUAGCGACUUUUGUCAAGACUUUGCAGCACUGGGCGAUGGAUCUAGGCUUCUCAGUUCCGCAAUCUAAAGUUUGGGAAAAGUUGAUUGCAUUGGGACAAGAAGAGUCUGCAGUAAGUACGAUGGAAAUAGAACCACUUCUUUUGGGCGAACGCUACGACCCGGAUAAAACAGCAAGUGUCACAGGAAUAACGCUCAAUUCUCUCAGCUUGGGGAGUGUUUUUCGAUCACUUUGUUCUGGUGUAAUCCGCAACCUUCAUAAUAUGAUGUCACAGGACUUGUUGAAAGCAAAAGGUAUAAAACGUAUAGUAGGAAACGGCUCUGGACUAGUGCGUAAUCCAGUCUUACAAAAAGAAGUUACAAAUUGGUACAAACUAUCCUUAGAACUAGGACAAUCCGGAGACGCAGCAUUCGGCGCAGCCUUAGCAGCUCUCGCUUCAAAUUAA